AUGGCGUCCGAACUCCUAAAACAUGUGUCCGCCCCGUCCCUCGACCGGCCCUUCGGUGUCCACCUAUGGCCUCUGUUCGAUCUGGGCUUCAAAAAGGUCAUGGGAUACCCCGCGAGCGAGUUCAACUUCGCCGAGGGUGUGACUCCCUUGUCCACCCUCAAGGAGACCACCAUGAUGCUGGUCACCUACUACGUGAUCAUCUUCGGAGGUCGCGAGGUCAUGAAGAAGCUGCCCGCGUUCAAGCUCAACACCCUGUUCAUGAUCCACAACCUGGUCUUGACCCUCGUCAGUGGCAUCCUCCUGGUGCUCUUCAUUGAGCAGCUCCUGCCUACCAUCGUUCGACACGGCGUGUUCUACGCUAUCUGCGACCACAGCGGUGGCUGGACUCAGCCUCUCAUCAUUCUUUACUACCUCAACUACCUGAACAAAUACGUCGAAUUCAUUGACACCAUCUUCUUGGUCCUCAAGAAGAAGCCCUUGACCUUCCUCCACACCUACCACCACGGUGCCACCGCUCUCCUGUGCUACACCCAGCUCAUCGGUGUUACUGCUGUGCAAUGGGUGCCCAUCACCAUUAACCUGCUGGUCCACGUCGUCAUGUACUGGUACUACUUCCAGAGUGCCCGUGGCGUGCGCAUUUGGUGGAAGAAGUACAUCACCAUGCUGCAGAUCCUCCAGUUCGUCAUUGACGUCGGCUUCAUCUACUUCGCCUCUUACACCUACUUCACCUCCGCCUACUUCCCCUGGAUGCCUAACAUGGGCAAGUGCGCCGGUGAGGAAUUCGCUGCCAUGGCUGGUAUUGGAAUCAUCAGCUCCUACCUGGUUCUCUUCAUCUCCUUCUACAUCGCCACCUACAACAAGGCCGUCAAGUCCGGACGUCCCCGCCGCAACACUGGCCAGAAGAGUCUGGUUGACAUGAGGAACUUUGAGAUCCCUCCCACCACCCCUCAGGGUGGUAACGCCAACGGCGCUGCCACCGGCCGCUCCAACGGCCCCGUCACCCGCUCCCGCAAGGCCUAG